AUGGUCGGCCCUACUGCGUCGCUCUCAAUCUUGAGUCGUGCCGACGGUUCUGCAUCCCUCAAAUGCCCGACCACAGGCUAUAACGUGCUGGGCUCGGUCAAUGCUCCCAUUGAGCUCCCAGCUCGCCGCGACGCCCUGAAACCCGAAGAAGCCACUGUGGAAGUGUUUGUCAAGCCCGGAAAUACCACUGCUGGGGUGGGUGAGCGAUACGUGGAGGGGAUUUUGCGAUCUGUGCUGCAAAAGGUGAUCCUCGGGCGCGAGCGAGGGUUUCCUCGCCGCGGCGUGGUGAUCACACUGGCGAUCAUUGGCGGCGACGCUGUGGAGCGUGGUGAUUCGUACCUUAACAUCCUCCCGACACUCCUCCAAGUCUCUUUGCUCGCCCUUCUCUCGGCCGCCGUUCCCAUGUCGAUGACCUUCUCUACGGCAUUACUGGGUGUCACCAAGUCCGGUGAUAUUAUCUGCAAUCCAUCUGCAGCUGAAGCAAAGGCAGCUUCGUCCCUCCACGUGCUUGCAUUCUCCUCCAAGGGGCACCUCCUGCUUGACGAAAGCCAGGGCCGGUUCGAAUUUGAACAAUGGGAGUCAGUUCGUGAGCGAGCAUUCUCCAUCUGCCGCGGGAUGGCAACCCCCGGGGCCGAUGGGGAUGUCACAAUGGGCGACGGAGGUGAUGAAGCUCGCAUCAAUGGCUUCAUCUGCGAGACCGUGGAGGACCACCUCCACCGCGACUACUCGUGGAAGAUUGACUCUGCUUGA